GCACAAUCCAUGGUCGAGCGGAGAUGGCGGGCAUGACCGAGGGUCAAUGACCGAGGGUGGCUGGACAGGAAUGCUCCGGUUACUUGACAGGAUUUAAUAUAUAUAUGGUACAAGUUACAACGGUGCUCGACAUGGAUUGAUAGUUCCUCUGUCUUCCCUCUGCCUAUUGCGUGACUUGUCGAGAACAUACAAGCAUCUGGCUAUAACCAUCCCUUUCCCUGACAAUGAGUGACCGAACGGAUAUCUCGUCUGGCAGUGAUGUUACGGUCAAAAUGUCGGCCAAAGCUAGGGGCAAAUUGCCUGAGAGCGAAGAGAAUAUCCAAGAGGAGCAAGAUAGAUAUAGAAACCUCAAGAUGUAUCAGGACGGAUGCACGGAUAUCGUAGCAAGAGGCACGAAGGACACCGACUCGAUGAAAAGUAUUGCAGACUUUGUUGACGAUGAGCUUCCCGGUUUCGAAGAACUGAACUCCCUCCCACCCACAGAUGAUGAAGAUCUUCCCCGACUUCUCAGAGGGAGUCUUGGAGGCUUCCACUUCCUUCCGGAACCUUCUCAGUGGUGUGGAAACGGCUCAAUUCAAGGUCCUGCUCUUCGGCUCUUUGAAAGCAAUUGACGACGAGGCAUCAAAGCUGACAACUGAGUAUGAAGAAGGAUUGAAGGCAAAUGGUUAUGACCAAGGGAAUUUGGAUGCUCUUUCAAGUGCAUUUCUAUAUAGCUUGAAUCAACAAGACAGUGUGAAGGGGCUCAUCCAAGAAGCGAACACCUACCAGGAAUACGUUCCAAAUAUUUUGGGCCCACUCGCCAUUGAUACCAGGCUGGCGGAGUCUGCGGUUUUCGCCUGUGAUGACGCUACCGAGCUCUGGGAUGGAUAUGAUGAUCUGAAGCUCAACGAAGAGGAGGAAUCGGAGCUGCUCAGGCUGCAAGAUCAGCGGGUUCUAUGGGAGAAACUCCCCGACGACGCUACAAAAGCGAGUCAACUCUCAGCCUUCUUGUCCGAGACGGAGGUGACACGUUUCGGCAAGCUUCAAGCCCGGAAGAAUUUGGCAACCAGGUGGAAGGAGGCAGAAGGGCUGGAUACUGGAACUGCAUGAAGCUGAGGUUUCUGCUGCACCCUCAAGGCUCCUUUUCGAGCCCCAUAUAGAGAUCGAAUGCCCAAUGCAUGUGAUGAAUGAG